GCAGCAGCGCAAUGUGCUGCGCGACGCCUAAACGGCUUGAAGCUCGCCAAUCCGUUGCUGUGCAGGAAAUAGCAGAAUUGAAGAGCAGUUCCGGCCAUUACAAGUCACCGCAGAUUCGGGAUUCGAGAUUUUAGUGUUUGUUUUGAUUGAAACUAGAUAAUCAUGGCUGACGAAGUCAAUGCUCUGCGGUUCUCGCUUUCGGGACAUCCUGUCGCUUUGGGAUUUUUUUUGGGCUUUCGACUUGCUGCCCUGUUGACGUACAUUUUCGGGCUCAUCUUCACGAGCAAUUUCGUGCUGAUUUUCAUCAUUGUCAUGCUGCUCCUGGCCGCUGACUUCUGGAACACCAAGAACGUUUCUGGUCGUAUUCUCGUCGGUCUCCGAUGGUGGAACGAGUCAUCAGCAAACGGAGACAGUGUCUGGGUUUUCGAGAGCGCAGACCCACAACGCCAGAUCAAUGGCACUGAUGCUCGAUUCUUUUGGACUACUUUGUACAGCACACCCGUGAUUUGGGGUCUUUUGGCCUUGCUCGCGAUUCUCAAGUUUGAGCUGAUCUGGCUCUCCCUAGUUGUGAUUGCCGUCAUUCUCUCGUCCACCAACGCCAUGGCAUUCACCAGAUGCGACAGAUUCGGCAAGGCGAACGGUAUCGCCAACAGCAUGUUUGCCAGAUCAUCUCGCAGCAUCAUGCAGAGAUUCGGUGGCUCUAUUCUUUCCCGCGUCUAUGGAGGUUACAGUGGUUAAAUGGUUGCAACAGUCUACACAACUUUAGGCGGUUAGAACGAUAGUGGCUAGAAUACAUGCUUAUAUCCCUUUGGAAAUUAUG